AUGUCUCUGGCCUUCCAAUGGCCCUACCGGGAAUCUAGGGACGGCAUCUGGGGCACACAGACAAGCACCCUGAACUGGUGUGAAGAGGACUAUAAUGUGACGCCAUACAUUGCAGAGUUCUUCAACACCUCGACCAAUUUGAUCUUCCUCUACCUGGGUGUUAUGGGCAUUCGAGAGUGUCUGCGCCAUGGCCACGGUCUGGUCUUUGUCUUUUCUUUCCUGGGCUACGUUGUCGUUGGCUUGGGAUCGAUGGCUUUCCAUGCCACCCUCAAAUACUCAAUGCAGCUUGCUGAUGAGCUGCCGAUGAUCUACACCACCUGCAUUGUGGCUUACGCAACAUUUUCCUACUCGCGGCCCAGGCAUACCCAGGUGCUCGUGGCUCUUGGGCUUCUCGCUCUGGCUUCCUGGAUCACCAUCUACUACCUCUCGUCGCAGGACCCGGUGUUUCACCAGGUUGCCUACGCUGCGUUGAUGCUCGCCUUGGUCUUUCGGGCCAUGUUCGAUAUGGAAGCAACACUUCGGCCAGCACUCAGGAAGCGAUGCGAAACGCCAGCCGAGGCCGACGAGAUCUUGAGGCAAAUGUGGAAAAUGGCCUUCACAGGCAUCGUGCUGUUCUUGGUAGGAUUUUCCAUCUGGCUUCUAGACAAUACAUUCUGCAGACACCUGCGCGACGCUCGGAACACGAUCCUGCUGCCCUGGGCGGCAGUGCUUGAGGGUCAUGCCUGGUGGCACAUCUUCACCGGCAUUGGGACUUAUUAUUGCAUCACAUGGCGGCUUUGGCUAGAGCGGUGUCUGGACGGCGGCGAGCGGGAGUUUGUGCUGAAGUGGCCAUCUCCCUUCACAUCGGUCCCCAAGGCUGUCCCUCGGGCGGGCUCCAUCACCAAGGUCAAUGGUAACGGCUAUGCCAAUGCCGUUGACAAUCGCCACAAGAAAACCCUCUAA